UCCCAAAGAAACAUUCAGUUAUACGACUUGAAAAGUUUCCAGAAGCUCGAGUCAAGUCAGACGAACAGACAUUUCUAUAUUUGUACAACGUCACGCAAGCUCAGCUCAGGGGUAGGCUCAGGCGAACGAGAGAGGGGACUUCCAUGUCCAGCUACCUCGAGACGAGAGCAUAUGCUCUACCGCAUAAGGCUGCUACGGUUCCCAUAGUAUUACCAUCAACCCGGCGGAACGGUCGGAUCGACACAGUCAAGAUGGUCAAGAUGGGGAAUCUCACCAUCCGCAACCUAACCAUCACGCCGCUCGAGCUGAAGGAAGUGGAGCGCCACGAGGACCCUACCAAGGCUCGCAAGCCGAACGGGUUGGCGAAGAUCACGGCGCGCAUCACCGGCAAAUCCAACAAAUCGUCUCCUCCAGCACCAACCGCCGCCGCCGCAACGGACAACCUCAACGGUGCGGCCAAGGAGCCAGGGGCAGCCAGCAAGCAAGACAUCACCGAUGUCCAUAUCCAGCCCUUCUCCGAACAUGAGACCUCGAUCCCACUACCCGAUGCCUCCAAAGGCGAAUCCCUCCGCCUCACCUUCUCCGAGCCUGGUACCCCAUACACCUACUCCGUCUCCAUCCCUGGCCCAUCACCGCGGAGCAUCGUCAUGAAAGCCAACCCUCCACCGCAAGAUCAAAACCAAGACCAACAAGACCAACAAGACCAACAAGUUCCCCCAUCCGACCGCGAAUUCACCCUCAUCUACAUGCCCCACCACUCCUUCCUCGCCAUCUUCAGCAGCGCCCACCUCAACCGCUGGAUGGCCGAGCUCGAUCCGUCCUACCCCUUAUCGGCCCUCAGCAUCCCCGGAACGCACAACAGCCCAACCUGCUACGUCUCCCUUCCCUCUGUGCGGUGCCAAGCCGUUUCCGUCCGCGAGCAACUCGAUAACGGCGUGCGCUUCCUGGACGUGCGUGUCUCCUGCCCAUCACCCUCCUCGCGCUCGCCGUCCCCUACCAAAACCGCUUCUCCCCGGCUCGACACACCCGACUCUAUACCCGGCGCCUACCCGAUAAGUCCCACCUCGACUCAGACAGAAACUCGGACAGACACCAACCCGCCCGCCCCCCAACCCGAACUCUCGCCGCAGGCUCCGGAACCAGCAUACAAAGACAAGACCAAAGCGCCCAACCUCAGCCUAGUCCACUCCGCUUUUCCCGUCGCUUUAUCAGGAACCAGGUACUUCCACGACCUGCUAUCGGAGUGCUACGCCUUCCUGGACGCCAACCCUUCCGAGACGCUGCUGAUGUCGAUCAAGCGCGAAGGGACGGGGCGCGGGACGGACCAGAACUUAUCUACUUACAUGGCCGCGCGCUAUCUGACGCCGGAUAGGUGGUAUACCAAGCCUGAGAUCCCGACGCUGGAGCAGGCGCGCGGACGCAUCGUUCUGGUCAGGCGGUUCCUUUUGGAUCCGAGUCUGCAGGCUUCGGGGAUGGGGAUUGAUGGUUCGGUGUGGCCUGACAACUGCGCGGAUGGGACGUGCGGGAGCGAGACGAUUCGGAUUCAGGAUUAUUAUGAGGUCGGGCAGACGCAGCAUAUUGAGAAGAAGAUCGGGUUUGCGAGGGAGCAGUUGAUGAGGGCGGCACAGCAGGUGUUUGUGCCGCCUGGGAUGCCGGGUUCGGAGGCUGCUGGAGGUCCGUUGCCUCUGUUUAUCAACUUUCUGAGCGGCAGCAACUUCUUCAAUGCGAGUUGCUGGCCCGAGAAGAUCGCGGCCAAGAUCAACCCAUCCAUGAUAGAGUAUCUGUGUAUGGGCCACGGAGCUCCUCAGAAGCAACCGGGCGAGCUUACCGUUGGCGAUGCUGGGACUGGUAUCGUAGUAACAGAUUGGGUUGGGAAUAGUGGUGAUUGGGAUCUGAUACGCUGCAUCGUUGGUUGGAACGCGAGGCUGCAGUUGAGGCGAUAAAAGUACACGGGUGGUCAAAGUACAGCGGGAAUUUUCAGGAUACGCAUUCAUCACAUGGGACUGAGCACAACAAGAAUCAGAUCAAAGUCAUGAAAAGAGCAAUAAUUCAGAUAUCGCUACCUAAACACCCAAACGCCACCAACCCCAAUGCUAAUUGCUCGAAG